AUGGCAAGACUUCUUUCUCUCUCUACCCUCCCCUCCUCUUUCCUCCUCCCUAACCGUCUCCUUUCCUUCUCCGCCCGCCUCCCCUCUCAAGCAUCUCCAUCCUCUUCCUCCCGUUUCACCACCGUCCGAUGCCGAGUCAACCGUGCCGGAAAUUCGACCUACUCCCCACUGAAUUCAGGGAAUUCGAAUUUAAGCGAGCGGCCACCCACGGACAUGGCCCCACUCUUCCCUGGUUGUGACUAUGAACACUGGCUUAUUGUUAUGGAUAAGCCUGGCGGUGCAGGAGCCACUAAACAGCAAAUGAUUGAUUGCUACAUUCAAACCCUCGCUAAGGUCCUUGGAAGUGAAGAGGAAGCUAAAAAGAAGAUUUACAAUGUUUCCUGUGAGAGGUACUUUGGAUUUGGAUGUGAAAUUGAUGAGGAGACAUCUAAUCAGCUGGAAGGGUUGCCCGGAGUUCUGUUUGUUCUCCCAGAUUCAUAUGUUGAUCCCGAAAACAAGGACUAUGGUGCUGAGUUAUUUGUGAAUGGAGAGAUCGUCCAGAGGUCACCUGAAAGACAGAGAAGGGUGGAGCCACAACCACAGAGACAUCAAGACAGACCAAGAUACAAUGAUAGAACAAGGUAUGUCCGACGCAAAGAAAAUACAAGAUGA